AGUAGAAAAUUUUCCUUAAAAAAACCGCUAAAACAUAUUUGUCGUUAAGAAGCAAAAUAAUUUUGUACUGUGCAGUUGGAACGACGUCGUCAUAGUAUCGGAGCUCGUGUAACAGUUGAGAAAUUUAGAGGGAAGUGGAGAAGGGAUUUCAUUCAUAAGUGUUUAAUUUUCCCCAAUUCAAUUCAAUUCAAUUCAAUCCAAUGCAAGCUUUUUUGUUCCAGUAAUGAAGUUUCUUCUGUUUUCGAAACCCUAAAUGGAUGCAAAAGAUAUACUUGGAUUGCACAAAACCUCAUUCCCAUCUUCAAUUGAGAAAAAAUCUCGACCUCCCAAAGAGUCUCAGAGAAAACCUGAUGGCAUUUCACGCGAGGUUUAUGCACUUACCGGUGGAAUGCCACCACUUAUGCCUUCAAUUGAUGCUUUUCAAUUGAAAAAGAAGCAUAACGAAAAGGUUACUUGGCAAUGGCUUCCUUUCACUAAUUCUGCUCGUAAAGACGAUCUUCAUCUUUACCAUUGGGUUCGAAUAGUCAAUGGUGUUCUACCUACUGGGGACUAUUCUUUUGCCAAGUAUAAUAAGUCUGUUGACAUUAUCAAAUACACAGCCGAGGAGUACGAAAAGUAUUUGACAGAUCCUAUGUGGACCAAGGAGGAGACAGAUGAACUAUUCGACUUGUGUGAGAGGUUCGAUCUCCGUUUUGUUGUAAUAGCUGAUAGAUUCUCAUCAUCUCGGACUGUAGAGGAGUUAAAGGAUCGAUAUUAUAGUGUGUUGCGUGCUAUAGUACUUGCUAGAGCUGCAUCUUCUGGAGAUGUUGCAACACAUCCUCUCAUUAAGGUGAAGUCAAAUUUUAAUGAGCCAUAUAAUGUUUCACAAGAAAUAGAGCGAAAACGGGCAUUAUCCAUGGUCCUCUCACAAACAAGACAACACGAGAAAAGAGAUGAAGAGGUGCUUAUUGAAGCAAAAAGAAUAGCCGAGUUACGGAUGGCUUCUAAGGUUGCUGAACAGUCUCAAUUGGUUGUUGCUACAAAUGCUGAUGCAGAAGUUACAGAGAGGGCUAUCCCCGGUGAAUCUCCAUCUCCAUCGAAUGUGCAACAUCCACCAAUGGCUGUGCCUUCCCCAAUUACAGAUAAUGCUUCUACUCUAGCGUCUCUUCGCAUGCUUCGUGUAUAUUUGAGGACAUAUGCACUUGAGCAAAUGGUGCAAGUUUCAAACUCAACUGCUGGAGUUCGUACUAUCAAACGGGUUGAGCAAACAUUGCAAGAUCUUGGGAUCAAUUUGAAACCAAGGGUUCCAACAAAAGCUGUUUGUGCAGAGCAUCUGGAACUAAGAAGAGAAAUACUAACUUGGCUGAAUCUCCAGAAACAGGUGCAAUAUAAAGAGGCCGAAGGUUCAUCUUAUCGUGAUGGGACCUACGGUGAAACACCAGACACACCAAAGGAUCGUACAUUUAUUCCCGACUCGUUGAAUUUUGGAGUUUCAGGCGAAAGGGUUGGCAAAAAGGACCAAAAACGCAAGGGGCAUGGAGCUCAACCUACAGCGGCUCAUAAAAGACCUAGAAAACAAAAGGCCUCGGAUCUUUAAUUAUCUCGUUAAGAGCUUGAAUUUGGCACAGAUGACACCAACCAACAUUGUUAUGACACCAACAUUGUUAAGCAUCAUAGUUCUUUCUAAUGUAAUAUCUGUAUCAUUUGUGUGUUUCUGUAAUAUAAUACCCUUGGUGCUUCAACAACCUUAUAGGACAUGUUUCUUCAAUUUAAGGCUUGUCAAUGAUGCACUUACCGAACAAAGUUUUCCAUGUAUCUGUCAGCUGCGACAAGGUGUUUCAAUUUGUAUAAUUUGUUUUGCAUUUA